AUGCCAGUCACCAACUUUGACUUCAAGGAAAAGUACCGCUACCAGAAUGGCUUCGAUUCCUACUUAGAGUCCGAAGCCGUCUCCGGCGCUCUCCCCAUCGGCCACAACUCGCCCCAGAAGCCUCCUCUCGGCCUUUACGCCGAGAAGCUUUCCGGAACCGCCUUCACAGCUCCCCGUCACGAGAACAAACAAUCAUGGCUCUACCGCAUCCUGCCAUCAUGCUCGCACCCGCCCUUCGUCCAGGCCACUCCACGUAAUGGUCAGGAGCCCGUACUUGAGCAAUCGCCAGCCAGACUGCACUACAUUCCCAACCAACUCCGAUGGGACCCCUUCGACCAUGAAUCCGACACCGACUUUGUCUCCGGCCUGCGUCUCGUCGCCGGCGCCGGCGACCCCACCCUCAAGCAAGGUCUGGGCAUGUACAUCUACGCUGCCGGCAAGUCCAUGUCCGCCCAAUCAGCCUUCUACUCCGCCGACGGCGACCUUCUCAUUGUAGCCCAAGACGGCGUGCUCGACAUCCGCACCGAGUUCGGCUGGCUAUUGGUCAGGCCCAUGGAAAUCGCCGUCAUCCCGCGCGGCGUGCGCUACCAAGUCCUCCUCCCCUCCGGUCCCGUCCGCGGUUACGCACUCGAGCUUUACCAAGGGCACUUCCAGCUCCCCGAGCUCGGCCCCAUCGGCAGCAACGGCCUCGCCAACGUGCGCGACUUCCAAGCUCCCGUUGCCUGCUUCAGCGAAGACCACGGAUCGAUCGCGCUCGACGGGCCCAACAGCUACACCAUCACAGCCAAGUUCAACAACACCCUUUUUGAGACCAAGCAGCCGCACACCCCCUUUGAUGUUGUGGCGUGGCACGGUAACUACUACCCCUACAAAUACGAUCUCGGUAGAUUCAACACCAUCGGCUCCAUCAGCUUUGACCAUCCGGAUCCAUCCAUCUUCACCGUCCUCUCCGCCCCUUCAGACCACGCGGGAACCGCCAUCGCCGACUUUGUCAUCUUUCCUCCUCGCUGGCUUGUCGGGGAAGACACGUUCCGCCCACCUUGGUACCACCGCAACACGAUGAGCGAGUUCAUGGGACUGAUCACUGGAGCAUACGAUGCCAAGAAGGGAGGAAAGGGGGGUUUCGUUCCGGGAGGCGCGAGUUUGCAUAAUGUCAUGAGCGGACAUGGCCCCGAUGCGGCGAGUUAUGAAGGGGCGAGGAACGCUGAACUGAAACCGCAAAAGGUCGGAGAGGGGAGUUGUGCGUUUAUGUUUGAGAGCUGUUUGAUGGUGGGUGUGACGGAUUGGGGACUCGAGACUUGUCACAAGGUGCAGGAGGAUUAUAAUGAGCAUAGUUGGGGUGGGGUUAAGGUGCAUUGGAAGGGCAUGCCGGAGGGCGAGAAGGGGCAGGGGCAUUUGUUGUGAAGAGAGCAGGAAGGGGAAAUGGAGGGAGAAGGGGAAACAACUGAUUUGAGGGGUACUUUGGCUAGGUGUGAACAUGAAAAUGGGACAUGGGUGCCCGGGCUGUUGUGAAAGAAGGAGUAUACCGAUAAGCAGAGGACUUGAUAGG